AUGCGACGACCACGCGGACCUGCCGUUGGAAUGCCAAUACCGCGCCUGGCCGACCACAAAACAUGCGCCCCCCCUGCGCACGCAGUUUCCUCCCCCCUCUGGCUCAGGUUUCGCGAUCGCGCGCGGCUUGACCACCACGCGGACCUCCCGGCGUGCCAACACCAAUCCCGCGCUAAGCUUCUCGCAAAACACGCGCACCCGCUCGGUCCCAACACCGCACCUCGCCCGACCCAAAUGCGCGUCCCCACUGCGCGCGCAAUUCGGCGCGCGUUCGCGGCCCCUCUCCACAGCACCUCGACCGCCGACACCCUCCACCACCUGCAUUCUCGCCAAUGCGACCACCACGCGGACCUGCCGUUGGAACGCCAAUACCGCGCCUGGCCCACCGCAAAACACGCGGCCCCGCUACGCGCGCCGCCACCUCGACUCUCUCCCUCACACUUCGCGACCGCGCGCGGCUUAACCAACACGCGGACCUCCCGGCGCGCGAAUCCCAAUGCCGCACCUAGCCCAUCGCACAACACACGCACCCGCUCGGUGCGUAUUUUUCUCUGCUAUUUUGCUUACAUUUUGCUGACAUCCAGCAAUGCCAACACGGUGCCUCGCCCAACCAAAACGCGCGCCUGGACUGCGCGCGCAAUUCCGCACGCGUUUGCGCCCCUCUCCACAGCACCUCGACCGCCAACACCCUCCACCACCUACUCUCGCCAACCGGACCACCACGCGGACCUCCCGUUCGAAUGCCAAUACCGCGCCUGGGCCACCGCAAAACACGCGCCCCCGCCGCGCGCGCCGCAACCUCGACCCUCUCCCUCACACUUCGCGACCGCGCCCAGGUCGACCACCGCCCGGACCUCCCGUUCGAACGCCAAGGCCGCACCUCGCCCCUUGCAAAGCACGCACCUGCGCUGCGUACGCAAUUUCCUCCACACUCUCGCCCCCGUUUCGGCACCGUGCCCAGACAGCGAAUGCCGACGGACAUGCCCCAACAGUCGCACCGCGAACAACUCCCACCUCGCCCAAUUUCCUCUCGCAACCGCCACCAUGGCCUCCAUCACUGAUGCUCCUGCAACCACCACUGGCAGCAAACGCAAGAUGAGGCAUCUGUCACCGUCCGCACCAGUGCCUUCACCCGCAAAAAGGCAGAAGCCCGAAGACAGCGACGACAUAUUCUCGCCGACAGCACACACUGACUCCACCGCAUCCGAUACUCCCGCAGACGAUGCUCACGCCAGUCACCGACCCGACGAGACUCCCGGUAAGCCCUACCGCAACAAAGGAAAGCACGUCGAGAAAACCAGGACACCAACCGAAGUGCUCCAGUCGCUGUCGAAACUCAGAGAAACACUCGCCGUGACACGUGCCAUGAACAACGUGUUUGUCCUCGUGCAACCCGUGUAUCUCAAGAGAGCAUUCCCUUCGAACAUCGCCGAACGUCUGGACCACGUCUCGAUCGCCACCGCACACGACAUCAUCAAUCUCGCGACCGCAGACCCCACAGCACUCCACUUUGUCACCAUCGGAGCCUCCGACUACCUUCAGCUCAAGACGAGCACCCAUCUCACGCUCUUCUCUGUCGUCGGCUCCGUUACCCACAGCGACCUGAUCAGUCCGAGCGGUCGCAGCCGUCAACUCUGCGUUGCACCAUCAGCACUCACCUGGCCACGUGCGGCCGCCGUCCUGGGUGCCAUUCUCAACAGACGAACACUCGUCUUCCCGUCGUUCCAUGCCGGCCUCUCCUUCUCGACAAGGUUGACCACUGGCACCUCAAACACUCCAACCAAGAUCCGCGGCAUGGCUCCCGCCACUCCGGUGAACGCACAACGCGGUCCACCCCCCGUGCUGCCCGCCGAUCGAGAUGUGCCGACUUUCGACGGGUGUAAGCCCUUCAAGUUCUCCAUGCGCUCCAUAUCGAUGCUUCCCAAAAUCCACGACGAUCUCUCCACAGAGUCUGCCGUCCUCCUGCUCUUCACUCUUGGGAAGUACAUCAAGAGCCACCCUGAACUCGACGACGAAAACGCCGACACCACUAUCUCCCUCAACAUCCAAUCCAUCGUCCUUCUCGCCAAUCCGGGAUCGAUGCCCCGCGGCUUCCUCGAAGACGAGCCCAUGCCCCUCCUCGGAGUCUUCCGACCGAAUUCCGAGCCUGACCAACACCACUCGGAUGACAGCGACGACGAUGAUGCCUCGCUUGUCUAG